AUGUCACGCCAUAAACUCUUGAAGGGGUCUGUUUCACUGACCCUGACAAGUGGCGAUGAUAAAAUAGACCGUUGUGCCAUAGUACAAGCAGUGAGUACAAUUCUCGGCUCAUCUGACACAAUUGAGUUCAUCGGCAAUUUAGGCUCCAUAAGAGAAUGGUUUAUGGGAUUUGGUGAACCAUUGUCACAGCAGAGGUUGUUACAGGAAGGAGAGUUGAAAGUCGAAGAACAUGUGUUGCAAUCACCGCCAACUGUUCCUCAUCCAAGCAUUACUCAGACUGAAGAUGGUAAUGAAAGCAAUAUUAUAAUGGCUGGAGAUGUUCGACAAGGUUUUUUGAAUUAUGACCAGGAAUUUACCUCACUUCAACGGAAAUGA